AUUUUAACAAGUUCAAAGCAUUAUGCAGAGCAAUAAACAAUGGUGUUGUGUGCAAUACUGCUAGUGUUGUCAUCCUGCACAUUGUCACGGCAGCAUUUGUCAUACCCCAUCAACUUCUGUAGCAUGGCAUCAACAUGUAUCCACGAUGGACGAGGUGUUUGCGCAUCUUCCCCCGAUGGCUGCAGUCGGCGGAGUUUCCUUGAUCAGUGCGACAUGUAUGAAUACAACUGCGAUUAUGGGACGGAAUACAUGACGAAGGUAACAAACCCGUGUACAACUGGCCAGCCUGACUUCUUGUGUUAAUUGGGCUGAAAUGAAAUUGUAUGAAUUAAAAUUA